GAUUAAAAUAAACUAAAAUUCCACCCACCAUUUACACGAAGCCAAACAGUGCAGGGAGCUGUGGCCUCCCUUUCUCCACCCAACCUCACGUAGCUUCUACUCCCAACCUGCCGCAUACGACGACGACAAGGGCGCGCGACGAUGGCCGAGGGCGACGGUGACUCGACGGGUGGAACCCUAAUCCCCUAAUCUGUGUUUUCAAGGGUAUUAUUUGUGAAUUUCACUCAGCUGGAUAGCUAGCUGCUUUUCUUUUAUCUGAUUGAUUGUAAAGGAUUGCUUCUCGUGUAUUGAUUACAAGGAUUUUGAAUGAAUUCGGUUUUUCUUCAAGAAGACAGUGAGCAAUGCUAGGCUUUUCAUAUGGAGAAAUACCUCUGUUGCUUGGAGCCACUGCUGCUCCGAUAGGGAAGAGUGCAAGUUGUGCCUGCCAUGGCUUUUUGCACAUCCAUGAUGACUUUUUUAUCUUUAGAAACCCAGAUUUUGAGCAAUGGAAAAUGUUGAAUUGAAGGUGCUUUAACGAAGUUGAAUCCUUCCCGGUGCUGGAAUUGAUAUCACAUUGUCCAAUAUGGCUUUUCAGUCAUUCUUUUCAAAGUAUAAAACCUUACCCUAUUUCUUUUGCACCUUUGUCCAACACAAACCCAAUUAUCACAUUCAUUCUUUCGCAAACCCUCAAAUCUUACCACCAUCAUUACCAGACCUUGUCAAUGAGAUAUCCCGUCUACUCAGUGACCACCGAUACCCUCACCAUGAUCUAGAACUCUCUCUCAAGCCAUUUUCACCACAAAUAUCCACUAAUUUGGUCGAACAGGUCUUGAAAAGGUGCAAGAAUCUUGGCUUCUCAGCCCAUAGAUUCUUUCUUUGGGCUAAAUCAAUUCCAGGUUUUCAGCACAAUGAUGUGAGCUUUCACAUUUUGGUGGAAAUCUUGGGAAGUUGCAAACAGUUUGCCGUACUAUGGGAUUUUCUCAUAGAAAUGAGAGACUCUCGUUCGCAUGUAAUCAACAGUGAGAUUUUCUGGCUCAUUUUCAAGGCAUAUAGCCGGGCUAAUUUACCAGAUGGUGCAAUUCGGUCUUUCAAUAGAAUGGAUGAGUUUGGAGUUAUGCCAAAUGUUCAGGAUUUGGAUAAGUUGUUGUACUUUUUAUGCAAAAGGAAGCAUCUCCAGCAGGCUCAAAAUUUUUUUGACAAAGCUAAGAAUCGUUUCUCUUUAUCUGCUAAAACCUACAGCAUUUUGAUAAGUGGAUGGGGUGAGAUUGGUGAUUCGGAUAAAGCCCGUGAGCUGUUUGAAGCAAUGCUUGAACAAGGAUGUCCAGUGGAUUUGCUUGCGUAUAACAAUUUGUUGGGUGCUCUUUGCAAAGGUGGUUGUGUGGAUGAAGCUAAGAAUGUUUUUCACGAUAUGUUGUCAAAAAGAGUUGAGCCAGAUGCUUUUUCUUAUUCAAUAUUUAUUCACUCGUAUUGCAAUGCAAAUGAUGUGCAAUCAGCUUUCAGGGUUCUUGAUAAAAUGAGAAGGUACAACCUUUUGCCUAAUGUUUUUACAUACAAUUGUAUUAUAAAGCGACUAUGUAAGAAUGAACUUGUGGAAGAAGCUUAUCAAUUGUUGGAUGAAAUGAUUUCGAGAGGAGUUAAACCAGACAUUUGGAGCUAUAAUGCAAUACAAGCUUACCAUUGUGAUCAUUGUGAGGUCAAUAGGGCCCUGAGGUUAAUGUUUAGAAUGGAAAAAGAUAAAUGUCUCCCUGAUCGCCAUACAUAUAACAUGGUCCUCAAAUUGUUGAUCAGGAUAGGAAGGUUUGAUAAGGUAGCUGAAGUUUGGGAGAACAUGGUGGACAAAAAUUUUUUUCCAUCUGUCUCAACAUAUUCUGUCUUGAUUCAUGGUUUUUGUAAGAAGAAAGGAAAACUAGAGGAGGCAUGUAAGUAUUUUGAAAUGAUGAUUGAUGAAGGAAUACCACCUUAUGUUACUACUGUUGAGCUACUGAGAAAUCGACUCUUGGGUUUAGGGCUUUUAGAUCACAUUGAAAUACUGGUUGAUAAAAUGAGGCAGAGCACUUCCCAUGCAAUUCAAGAAUUGGCAAAUGUUAUGAUUGGUAAUAGAGCAACUCAUAAUACUUUGAGACGUGAUGAGACUGACAUAGAAAGUGACUGAGGAAGUGGCUAUUUUUUCUCAUAGUACUUUCUCAUUAUUCUAUUUUGAGAAAUAUGUGGAGGAAACCAUUUCAUUGCUGCAGAGCACAUAAUGGAGAUGCUAAAUCUGUGGGCUAUGGUUAACUGAUGCAUUUUGAGGUUCUAACUGUAACUAUAAUCCUUCAAUGUAACUUGUAUGAUGCAAGUUAAUCUAAAUUUUAAACCCUUGGAAAUUUUACAUGAAACACCUCAGUUUUUGUAUCAUGAAGAAAUGAUUGCCAGCUCGGUUCAUUCAUUAAGGCAGAGAUUAUGAGUUUUAUACCUUUAGUCAUUAUGGGUGUGGGUGAGAUUUAGCAUUAUGCAACUUCUUUUACUGUUAUUUGUUCGUGCAUGUGAAUUUUGUGAACUUUUCAUUUCUCAUAAUGUUAUGGAUGAGAAGUUGCUCCAGCAUUUGGAUGCCACCAAACUGGUCCUGAUAUUUGUUAUAAUAGGCAUCAAAAGGAUAAGAGGAAAGGUAAAGGCAUGUAUAGCUGAUCAAAUGGAAGGGGAACAAACAUGCAUUAAGAGUUGCUAUACUCUACUUACUGCAUGGGAUGUGAUUGAAUAAAAUUAUUACUAUAACUUGGGAUAUACCUCCUCUUCCUCCUAAGGUUUUUUAUUUCUUUCUUCUCUGUAUCAUUUGUUUCGCUUGCAUUUUAACAUUGAAUUCAUGAAUGAUCCUUACCUUCUUUGCAGAAGUGGCCUUGUGUGUUCUUAAUUCAAUUCUAUGACAAUUGAUUAAUAUGUGGACGAAUGAUAAAGUUUGGUGGAUUUCAACGAUAAGCCUUUUUUGUUCUAAAAAAUAAAUUAAAUUAAAUUGAGGUUAGUCAUAUUGAAACAGGUAAACUGUCUGAAUUUAUAAAUAGAAUGAGGUUACCGUGUAUGCAUUUGUUGUUAUUUUGGUUUGUACCUUAGGCGAUGGAAACAGUUUGCUUGAGUUUUGAAAUGUUAAUUUGUGAGGGGUUGCAGUUGCAUUCUUCCUACCACCCAAGAGGUUGAAAAUGAUGAAAUGUAGUGGUUCCAUAUCAUGCUUAUCUAUCUGUGUUUUAUUGGGAAUAUCUGGCAAUGAAUCACUACUGGAGGCCUGCUGAUAAAGACAGUCACUAUACUUUUGCUAUUGACGAAAAUUUAACUCUUAGAUAACGGUGAUUCAUCAUCAUUUGAAGUUUAUCGGGUUCAGUGUGAUGUUUGUGAGACGCUCUCCCCUGUUUACUCUCACUUGGAAUGGUUGCAUUGCAUGAGUAUAAAUGGUUGUUUCCAACAAUUAAAUGUUAGUUUGUCUGACAUAUUUGCAUAACUGCAUUAGUUACAUGCUUAUUUUAUGAAUGCAAUUCUUCUUAAAAUUGUUAUUUUUGUUGUUUUUCAGACACAGUUCUUAGUAAAAUGGGUGAAGGGACAUAAUGAUUGGUUUCUAAUAGUUUUAUUUCAAUAUUCUGCAUUUUCUAGAUCUAUUACAUCAAUAUGUAUUCUUAGAGCGUUUGCCUAAGGCUGUUGUCUAAAAUUAUGCAGGAGCUUUUGGUCAAGAAUUGGAAUGUUUUUCCAAUGAAAAAAAAAAGAAACUGUGGCAAGUAAAACAGUGUGCUCCAUAUAUUAGUACCGUGAGGCUCCAUAUCUUGCUGAGGCUUACCAGAUAUGAUGUGUGUACAUAUCUUAUACCGACUACUAAAUUAUAUAUUUUAUGUACUUGAUACUGUGUUGGGAGUUUAUAGUGUACAUAUAUAAUAAGUUAAUAACUCAUUUAAUUA